AUGAGCUCAACAUUGAAGAUAGAGGGACAUACGGAAGAAGCAAAAAGACUUCGUAUGUUCCCAUUUACACUAGCAGAUGAAGCUGAAGAAUGGUUCUAUUCCCUACCUGCGGGAAGUAUAACUACAUGGGCUGAGAUGGAGAAAGCAUUCUUACAAGAAUAUUUCCCCGCAUCCGUAUCAUUGAGAAAAAGAUACGAAAUCCUGAAUUUCAAGCAGAAAGAAGCAGCCGGUGGUUCAUCUAAUUUUGCAAUAGCCACUGGUAUGAAGAAGAUAAUUCAAGCAAUUGCCUCAAACGAGCAUCUUGAGUUAUACGACAGAGUGUCAAGCAAGGUCGCAAGAAUUAUUGAUUUGAAGUUGGAAACCAACAAACAGGUAAAAAUUGAAGAAACAGUUGCUGCAGAGGUUGAGAAAAGGUUAAAGGCACUAAACAUUGGUGCUCAGAAAGUGGCUCAGAUUGAAGACAUUAAAUUUUUGAAGCAAAAUAAUCCCUACUCCAACACAUACAACCCGGGGGUGGAAGAAUCAUCCCAACUUUGCAUGGAGAGAUCAGAAAGGGAAUCUUUUGGAACCUUGCCAAGUGGAACUGUUCAUAAUCCUAGAGAUCAAAAUCAUGUCAAAGUUGUGGUCACAAGAAAAAGUAAAGCUGCUGAGAAACCUGAAGAAGAAAAGGUUGAAGAUGAUGGACUGUUAGAGGUUGAUCUCGAAAUCAGAGACAACUCAAAACAAUCGGAAGAAGUGAUAACACCUCCAAUAACUGACAAAGAAAAGAAACAGGAACCUAAGCAGAAGAUUGUGCUCCCUUACCCGACCAGAUCUAAGAAGAAAGACCAACAUGAGAAGAGUUUUGAAAGAUUUAUGGAGUUGUUCAAAAAGCUAGAGAUUAACAUCCCUUUUGCUGAAGCUUUAGAACAAAUGCCAAUUUAUGCCAAGUUCAUGAAAGACAUUAUAUCAAAGAAGAGAUCUAUUGAGUCCGAACCAAUUCAAUUGACGGAGACUUGCAGCGCUAUACUUCAAGGUUUAAAAAUUCCAGUGAAGAAGAAAGAUAGAGGGGCGGUGACUAUUCCGUGCACAAUAGGAGACAGAUCCUUCAAGAAGGCACUAAUUGAUUUAGGUGCAAGUGUCAGCUUGAUGCCGCUAUCAAUUUACAAGAAGCUUGGGCUAGGUGCAGUACAAGACACACGCAUGACACUGCAAUUUACAGAUCACUCGAUGAAGAGACCCUAUGGUAUUGCUAAUGAUGUGCUAGUGAAGAUUGAUAAGUUUGUUUUUCUAGUGGAUUUUAUGGUCCUUGAAAUGCUAGAAGAUGAGGAAAUCCCUUUGAUUUUGGGAAGACCUUUUCUUGAGACAGGAAGAUGCAUGAUAGAUAUGGAGGGAGGCACAAUGACCCUCAAAGUCUAUGAUGAAGAGUUGAAGAUUAAUGUCAGAGAUUCCAUGAAGUUCAGAGAUGAAGAGAGUUCGAGCAAGCAAGUUGGAAUUUUGGACACGGUUUUCAUCCAAUCUGUUCAGAGUAAGAUACCGAAAUUACCAUUGGAAAGAGUCCUCAGUUUGUCUAUUUCUGAGAAGGAUGAAGAUAUAAAUGAAGCGGAAUCUGAAGUGCUUACUAUGUUAGAAGCACAACAUAAAUGGAAUAAGCCUAAACCAUACUGA